AUGUUACGAUUUGUGCCCAGAUUGGCUCUUAGAGCUCCGCUCAGACUCUCCACCAGACAGCUUCCGCUAGCGCUGAGGCAAGCUGCGCUCAGACUGUUCCUGACUGUGGAACCUAUGGGUUCUUACGAACAGAAGAUCUAUGAUAUCUUGAAAAACCACUUUGACCCGCUGACAUUGCAAGUUCGGGACAUUCUGGGUGGCUGCGGCUCUAUGUUUGCCAUCACGGUUGAAAGCUCCCAAUUCAAAGGAAUCCCUAUGAUCAAACAGCACCGCUUGGUCAACGAGGUGUUGAAGGACGAAAUCGCCCAAUGGCACGGUCUUCAGCUCAAGACCAAGGCCGCCUAG